ACAAACCAAACCAUGACUAAGAUAUUCCUUGUUCUAGUACUUCUGGUGUUCAAUGUUUUGGUGGCGACGUCGGCCGGAAACUUCAACCAAGAUUUUGACAUAACAUGGGGCGAUGGUCGGGCAAAAAUACUCGACAACGGGCAGAGUCUUACGCUGUCCCUGGACAAGACAUCAGGGUCGGGGUUUCAGUCGAAGAAUCAGUACUUGUUCGGAAAAAUUGAUAUGCAGAUAAAGCUUGUGCCUGGUAACUCUGCUGGCACGGUUACAGCUUACUAUCUAUCAUCAUUGGGUUCUACUCAUGACGAAAUAGACUUCGAGUUUCUAGGCAACCUAAGUGGAGACCCUUAUAUUCUGCACACAAAUAUUUUCACACAAGGGAAGGGGAAUAGGGAGCAACAGUUCUACCUUUGGUUUGAUCCCACCAAAGACUUCCAUACCUACUCCAUCUUGUGGAACCCUCAAACCAUCAUCUUCUCAGUAGAUGGAACACCCAUUAGAGAGUUCAAGAACUUAGAAUCUAAGGGAGUCUCUUUCCCAAAGGACCAAGGCAUGUGGAUAUACUCAAGCCUAUGGAAUGCAGACGAUUGGGCCACACGCGGCGGACUUGUGAAGACGGAUUGGAGCAAAGCCCCCUUCACAGCCUCCUACAGAAACUUCAACGCCCAAGCUUGCACUUGGUCUUCAGGCACUUCCCGUUGUCCUUCAAAGUCCCCGAACGAGUCGAGCUGGUUAACUCAGUCACUCGAUUCCACAGGGCAAGAGAGAAUCAAAUGGGUUCAGAAGAACUACAUGAUUUACAACUACUGCAGAGAUACCAAGCGCUUCCCGCAAGGAUUUCCUCCUGAGUGCUCUGCUGCGUGAAUAUCAUCGAUUUCCUCCAUUCCGCGUAAAAAGAUUGAGAUAUAUGCUAUGUGCUUUAUAUUUUUUGUAUUAGGGAGUAAUUGUAACGCUGCCACAUGACCAAUAAAUAGACAGAUGAAGUGUUUGUGACAUGAACGGUGGAGAAUCGACUGGCUAAUGUCUGCGUUUAUAGCACGGUUAAUAUUUAAGAUACGAGCACUUCCAAG